AUGUUUCGGGGGUUGCUCGAAUCGCAGCUUAGGCAGGAGUUCCCGAAACUCGUCCAAGAUCCAAAGGUAAAAGCUAUCGUGGUUACCGGCAGCGGCUCGAUGUUCUCGGGUGGUGCUGAGAUCACCGAGUUUGCCAUGAUGGUGGCAAUGGGUGAGGCCGAGAUGAGGAAGAACAACCCCGUGGCGGCCCUGAGCGAGAUGAUGGACACGAUCGAUGCCUCGCCCAAGACCGUGGUAGCAGCUCUCAACGGUCCAGCCUUGGGUGGUGGCUGCGAGGUGAGCUUGGCCUGCCACUACCGCGUUGCCGCGCCGAAGGCAUCCGUUGGCUUUCCGGAGGUGAACCUGGGCUUGCUGCCGGGUGCACAAGGCACUCAGCGGCUUCCUCGCGUGGCCGCCCUCCCUGUGGCGCUGCCGAUGAUCUUGCAGGGCCGUCCCAUGAAUGCGGAAGCCGCAAAGAAGAACGGCAUCAUCGAUGUGGUCGCCAAGGGAGAUGCUGCAGAGUUUGCGCUGACGCAUCCACCAGCCCCUAUCUCCAAGCGAGAGGUGCCCAAGACCAACCGUUUCAUGGUGGCAGCCGGAGGUUUGGAGCAGGCAUUGAACACGGCCUUCAAUGCGCAGCCUUUGAUGGUCGCGCCUGGUGGUAUCAUCAAGUGUUUCGAGGCUGCCUGUUCGGGCAAGAGCUUCAGAGAGGGCGUGGCAGUCGAGAUGGAGGAGUUCACACACCUCUUCCUGGCGGAGCGCAUGGCACAGAAAGUGCCCGGCGUCAAUGAGAAGCCAGCUCCGCUGAAGAAGAUUGGCAUUCUGGGUGCAGGACUUAUGGGAGGUGGCAUCGCCAUGUGCUUCGUGCAGAAGGGAGUUCCGGUUGUCUUGAAGGAUGCGAAGCAGGAGUGGCUGGAUGAUGGCAUGAAGAAGAUCCAGGGACUCUGGGGUGGUCAGGCCAAGCGGGGCCGAUUGAGCCAGGACAAGUACAAGCAGUACAUGAGCCUUCUGAAGCCGACGCUCGACUAUGCCGACUUCAAGGAUGUGGACAUGGUCAUCGAGGCGGUGCCAGAAAUCAUGGACCUGAAGAAGGAGGUGUUCCUCGACAUUGAGAGAAACACCAAGCCGGAUGCUCUGAUCUGCACCAACACGAGCGGGCUGAACAUCGAUGA